AUGGUGUAUGGAGGUGAUGAGGGAGCUGGUAUGGGGUAUGAUGGUGAUCAGGAUGCUGGUAUGGGGUAUGAUGGUGACCAGGAUGCUGGUAUGGGGUAUGGUGGUGAUCAGGACGUUGGUAUGGGGUAUGGUGGUGAUCAGGACGUUGGUAUGGGGUAUGGUGGUGAUCAGGACGUUGGUAUGGGGUAUGGCAGUGAUCAGGACAUUGGUAUGGUGUAUGCAGUGAUCAGGACAUUGGUAUGGUGUAUGCAGGUGAUCAGGAUGCUGGUAUGGCAGUGAUCAGGACAUUGAUAUGGUGCAUGGCAGGUGUUAUUGUGAGCACUGAAACAGGUGACAGAUGCUGGCUGCAUGUUUAUUAUUGACUACAAUGGGCAGUGUUUAGAUACACUGGGGCAGUAAUCGGGAACAUUGGGGUGGCUGACACCGCAGUCUGUGAGGGGUACAUGCAGCCUGAUAGGUUGCUG